GGGGCGGGUCGUGUCGAUGUAGUCCACUUCCUGCUUCUCUGCCCUGGUUUCGCCUGAACAGCUGCAUCAGCUCCUUUAUCCGACGAAGAGACACAAUGUCACAUCAAACGGGCAUUCAAGCGGGUAAUGAUGUGAAGGACGUCUUUGCCAGCGCCAGGAGCGGCGACCAAUAUCGAGUUUUAAAGAUUGUCAUCGAUGGCGAGCAACUGACGAUGGACACCACCAGGAAAGCGUCAAAGAAGUGGGACCAGGAGUACGACUCCUUGGUGCUGCCCCUCCUGGAAGACGACGUGCCCUGCUAUAUUCUGUACCGGCUGGACUCCAAAAACAACCAGGGCUAUGAGUGGAUCUUCCUGGCCUGGUCACCGGACACCUCCAUUGUGCGACAUAAAAUGUUAUAUGCUGCCACCAGAGCCACAGUGAAGAAGGAGUUUGGAGGAGGGCUCAUCAAGGAUGAGAUCUUCGGCACCGCAAAGGAUGAAGUGACUCUCAUCGGAUACAGGAAAUAUCUGACCUUGCAGGCUGCUCCCCUGCCCCUCACUGCUGCAGAGGAGGAACUGAGAAAGAUUAAGCUAAAUGAGGUGCAGACGGACAUCAGUGUGGACACCAAGCAGCAGACUCUGCAGGGAGUGGCCUUCCCCGUUCACAAAGACGCGGUUGCGGCGCUCGAACGUUUCAGGGACAAAAGAAUCAAUUACGUACAACUGGAAGUAGACGCUAAACAGGAGCUGAUUCGGUUGUGCAACACUGAGCCGACAGAGUUGAAAGACCUGCCAUUGAGAAUCCCUAAAGAAUCUGCACGUUACCACUUCUUCCUCUACAAACAUUCCCACGAAGGCGACUACUUACAGUCCACAGUAUUCAUUUAUUCUAUGCCCGGGUACAACUGCAGCAUCCGAGAGAGGAUGCUGUAUUCCAGCUGCAAAAAUCCCUUGGUGGACAUGGUGGAGAACGAUCUCCAGCUUGAGAUUGAGAAAAAGUUGGAGAUCGACGAUGGGGAUGAGUUGACUGGUGACUUCCUGUACGAGGAGGUGCAUCCCAAGCAGCACGCACACAAGCAGGCCUUCGCCAAGCCCAAGGGCCCCGGGAAGAGGGGGGGCCGCCGCAUCACCCGGCCACCCGCAGAGGAGGAGCAAGAUUAAACAGGCCACCUCCACCCCCGGAGCACGCUGCACAGUGGAGCAUUCCUGCGAUUGGGGGGAAAUCAUAUUUGACACGCUUGUUUAUUAAAAGAAUAAAAAAAACAACAACAACUACAAAGUUCCCCAGAGACCCAACUAUGCACGCCAAGGACAACUGAGCAAUGUCACACUUCAGAAGUUCCAUUUGUAGCUUGCCAAAUGGAAACAUAUGUAUGUAUGUUAGCACAGUCGCAAGAACUAAUUUACAAUGAUUCAAAGAGUCCCAAAAAAAGUGUUAGUGCGACUAAUGUGAACUUGCGCCAAUAUGAUAAAAUCCCUCAUUUUGAGUUCACGUGCUCAAAUUCUUAACUUGCAUUCCUUAAGACUAUGUCAAUUAAUGUUUCCGUGUCUAAUGUGUUGAACAUUCGUCUCCUACUGUUUGUGCGACGCGGUGCUCCAAAGCAGAACAUAUAUAAUUAUCCCACUUGCGUCUUAUUGAUUUAACAGUGCAUUUUAUAUUGGAAAAUUGACUUCUUUUUUGAUAUAACUGUGGUUUACAUGAACAAAAAAAAAAA